CCCAGCGGUUGGUUCUAUCACAUUGUGACAGUCGGCGGAGGGACAUUGUCACACCUCCCACCCUCCGUGACAGCGCCGGCACUGGCAGUGCCAUGGCAGCCGCGACUGGCGGCACAGGGUCCCGGUCCCUCUGUGCCGGGGGCUCCUCCCGGGGGUCCCUCCUCCCCCGCCGUCGGCAGCUUCACCCACCGGGAUUUCUAUCCGUCCUUCCCAAGGGCACAGACGCCAGCAGCCCCAUUGUGACCCUUCAGGAUGUGCCUAAAGAUCUUAAGGGAUCCCCUCCCACCAUUGGAUACAAACCAAAGACCACCAGAAUCAUCACCAAGGACCUGAUCCGGGACCUCGUCAUUCCCCAGGAGAAGCCUCAACCGUGUCUCAUCAUUGGAGAAAAGGAAUAUGAGAGGAUCAAGGAAUCAGCUCAAGCCUCAACUGAUGUGGACCGUUGGGACAGGCUGAAGACCCUGAAAGCCAGACAGGACGCUGCUUUCAAAGCCCUGAAAAAGGCCCAGAUGGAGGAGCAGAGAAAGGCAGAAGUGGAGGAUGAGAGGGACCAUCGGAGAGGUGUGGAGGAGGAGGAGCUGCAGCAAGAGGAGCAGAAGCUGCUACAGCGGGCCAUGAGGAUGAGGCUGGAGCAGGAGGAAGAGAUGCGGCAACUGAACACACUGUUACUCAAUGCCAAGUGCAACAUGAUCUGGGACAAGCAAGUCCUGGAGAAGCGGAUGAUCCACAAGGAACUGGCGGAGGAGGAGAAGCGCCUGGACAAGAUGUUGGAAAUGGAGCGGGAGAAGGGCAUGGAGGUGCAGGAGGAGCUGGAGCGCUGCAGAAAGCAGGAGCUGAUCAGAGCCAGGCAGCACAUUGUGAAGCAGAUGGAGCAGAAUGCAGAGGAGCAAGCGCUGAGGGCUGAGGAGCUGUACCAGGAGGGCCAGAGGCAGCUGGAGCGCCUGGAGCAGAUGAAGAGGGAGGAUCAGAAGGCCUGGGAGCAGAAACAGCAGCGACUAAAACAAAUCCAUGACGAGAUUAAACAUUUCAACGUGGAGAGCCAGAGGCUGAAGGAUAAACAGCGGGAGCAGGAGAGGCUGGAGGACGAGCGGGUGCUUGAGCAUCAGCGGCAGAAGGCUGAGCGCGAGGCUGCUUUGGAGGCAGAGCAGGAACAACUGCGCCUGGAGAAGGAGAAGGAGCUGGCCCGGCUCAGGGCCACGCAGAAGCAGGCCCAGGACUGGCAGGCAGAGCGGGAUGCUCUGAAGGCCAAGAGGAACCAAGAGGCUGCAAACAGGGAAUGGCGGCGGCAGGAAAUGGAGAAGGCACAGAGGAAGGCAGAGAUGGAGCAGCAGCUGAGGCAGGACCAGCUGCAGCAGGUAGCCCAGAAGGAACAGCAUUUGGCCAUGCAGAUGGAGCAGGACCGCCAGGAAUUCCAGAGGGUGCUCAGGGCCCACCAGGAGCAGCUGGAGCAGGAGAAGCUGCAGCAGGAGCAGAGGGAGCUCCGGCAGCGCGCCCAUGCCGAAGAUCUGCGGCGGCAGAUCCAGGAGCUCCGGCAGCAGCGGCAGCGCGAGCGGGUGGCCGUCACUGAGGAGGGCUGGCAGCAGGAGCAGGAGAUCCGGCAGCGCAGCCAGUGCCUCGCCCAGCUCAGGCAGCAGAAGCUGCAGGAGUUCAGAGCCACCGGAAUACCUGAAAAGUACUGUGCCCAGGUGGAGCGCAAAGCCUAGAGCCGAGCCAGCACAGACCCCUCCUAGGCCCAGCCCUACAAGGAACCAGCUGCAAUUCCAGCAAAGAUUUGGGGUUCCAUUUGCAUUGCCUAAAUUUUCCAGUAAACAGUGGUUUUGAGCAGAUGGUGUUUUCCAUCCUUCCCUGGCCUCAGAGCUCUUGGGGAGGAGCUGCCCACAGGGCUGGAGGAGUCUUGAUGUUCCUUGUUCCUUGGCCUCACCAGUGCUGAGUACAAGGGAAGAAUGACCUCUCUGCUCCUGCUGACCACAUCAUUCCUGAUCCAGGCCAGGAUGCCAUUGCCUUCUUGGCCACCAGGGCACAUUGCCGGCUUAUGUUCAGUCAGCUGUUGACCAGUACCCCCUGCUCCCUUUCUGCCUGGGCACUGUCCAGCCACACCAUCCCCAGCCUGUAACAUUGUAGGGGUUAUUGUGGCCAAAAUUCAGGACUCUGUACUUGGACUUAUUAAAUUUUAUCUUACUGGACUCUGCCCAUCCAUCCAACCGUGCCAGGUCUCUCUGCAGAGCCCUCCUACCUUCCAACACAUCAACAUAUGCUCCCAGCUUAGUGUGGUGUUGGGAUUUGUGUUUUGUUCUCUUACUAUCCCAGUUUAAAGAAUUUUUUCACAUUAUUAUGCUAAGAGAGCCUGCCAGGUUAAGCCCAGGCUCUUUCCAGGAUUCUAGGCAAAGGGGUAGGUGGGGGACUGGCUUCCGGGUGCUGCUCUCUCAUCAACGAGCUCAGAGGCGAAGGACUGUUGUCUCCAGCUCAUGCAAUCGGAACCCCGGGGAGCCAGGCUCUCUCUGCUGUGGGACAUUGUUCUGCAUCUGCUCCACUCCAGCCUACCAUCUCUGAGACCACAGCUGGCCACCAGGACUCAAACAGUGAGUGGGGAGCUGUUCCUCCACCCUGCUCCCACCUGAGACACAGCGCAGCCGCUGACACCUCCUCUCUCCUCUGCUCCUGUCUGCUCUCUGCACCUGUGCGGACUCUGGCACAUUUUUCACCACCAGGAAGAGACACAGACAGAGUGUGUCUGCUGCUGAAGAAAGGACUGGAACUGAGCUAUUUUUUCUGUGUUGAUGUUAACUUUUCAUAGCUGCUGUUGUUUCUGUUUGUCCAGUUAGAUAUAUUAGUAAAGAGCUGUUAUUCCUACCCCCUU